CCACAUCCACAUGCUCCACUCAACCACACCAUCACCACACCGUCACCACACCCACCACUGUACCUCCUCCUCCUACCUAUAGCCUCCUCCUACCCUGUACUCCCCUCAGCCACCAGCUAUCAUAACCCAGCCGCUCCUCAGUUCGUUCUCCAUCGCUCACUGGUUCACACCCCUCAGCUCCUCGUUCUUAGGUCCCUGUGAGUGAGAGCCAGCACCAUGAGUAAGACCAAGCUCCUCAGCGGUCACAAGGUGGUGCCACUCACGCAGGAGGAGCAGAAGGAGAUCACGGAUUCUGGCGUGGUGUUUCCGUGUGCCAUGGUGCGCCUACAGCCUGACGGGUGGCUUUUACCUGAUCCCAUGGCCGCCAAGUACUGCGACACGGUGUACAACUUUAAGUUCCGCCCAGAUGACUUAAUAGUGAUGUCGUAUCCGAAGUCUGGAACCACGUGGAUGCAGGAGAUUCUGUGGACCAUGGUACACAAUCCGGACCUGGACCACCCUGAGACCAGCAAGCCCAUUUUAGAUCGCUCGCCGGAUAUCUCAUUCGACUUCAUUUUCGAUACCCCAGUGGCUCAGUUCCUUAAGUUCGAGGCGUUCCGGAAAUGGUUCGCUGAGGUGUGUCCGGAUCGGCGCACGGAGGACGGGAUCAUGCUGCAAAUCACUGAACUCAUGUCCGGACGGCGAAUUAUUAAGAGCCAUCUGCCACUGUCUCUUAUGUCGCCUGAUUUCCUCGACAAGGCAAAGGUGGUGUAUAUGGUAAGGAACCCUAAGGACGUAAUUGUCUCCUACUUCAACAUGUUGAAGAAAAUUAACGUGGGUGAAUUCUCUUCUGCAUUCGAGUCAUUCACCAGAAGCUUCAUGCAGGAUAACCUUAUCUUUGGCCCGUACUGGCGUCACGUGCAGGAGGCGUGGGAGCAGCGGGAACACCCUAACCUACGCUUUGUCUUCUACGAGGACCUCAAGGCGGACACCAUGACGCACCUUCAACGCCUCAAUGACUUCACCGGGGCAAAUCUCACCCAGAGCCAGUUGGACACGGUGGCGCGUCACACCUCUUUCAGCAGCAUGAAGGGAAGAGGAGAGCCAAUGAAAGAUGGACUGUUCACCAACUUCUUCAGGAAAGGUACAUCUGGCGGGUGGAAGAGUUACUUCACCCCGGAGCUGGAGCAGGAGAUGGAUGAUUGGAUAGAGAAACACACAACAAAGAACGGGAUGAAUUUCAAGAUGUAUUGACGUUGGAUUCACUCUCGUCUUUAGGUAGAUUCACACUUUCCUUCCCAGAUUCGUAACUUCAACUCUUCCACACCUUGACAACUUCUACUUCUGCUUCUGUUUCUUCAUCUGUGUUUGUCUCUCACUCAGGAACUGAGGAAAGGAAGAACGCAGGGAAAUAUACUAAAAUGUUACCAUACUUUCAUGAUUACUGUCUUCCUCAACUCUUUCAUCUCUUUACUUGUCCAUCUCCUCACCUUGGAAGCAGCUGAAGCGAGAAACACCACGCAGAAUAAGAGGAAAUGUGUGAUAGCUUAAACUCUAUCCUAUUUUCAUUAUCUCUCUGUCUACCUCCAAGCAGCGUGAUUUCAACGUCCUCAAUCCACUGUGAUUAAUGAAGCCAAUUUUGUGUGCCCUCGUACUGCUGUUUUCUUGUGUAUUUGUGGUAAUGUUGAGAUGAGGUGGUGGUUGUGGCCUCAAAGCAUAACCUGCCCAGAUAAUUGUUAUAUAUGUGUUGGUAAUAAAUUCACUCUUAUCAGAUGUGUA